CCCACCGUCGGAGCUGCAGCGACUUGGAGACUGCUCGAGACACUCGCGCGGAGCUGCUUUCCAUGGCGAGGGGGAUUCUAGUUUGGUCAGUGCUGUGAAAUGUGGUGUUUGAGUCAUGGCAAGGAGUCUGAGUCCAUGGAUUUGGCUGAGGAAACCCAUCUACGUCCAGGCCCGGUUCUCCUACCUCCACAUGAAGUACCUGUUCUUCUCUUGGCUGGCUGUGUUUGUAGGAAGCUGGGUGAUCUAUGUGGAGUACUCCUCCUACACAGAGCUGUGCCGUGGACACGAGUGCAAAAAUGCCAUUUGUGAUAAGUUCCGGAAGGGGGUGAUCGAUGGUACUGCUUGCAGCAGCCUAUGUGAAAAGAACACUCUCUAUUUGGGGAAAUGCUUGUCUGCCAAGCCCAGUAACCAGGUGUACUCUGGUAACUGGGGAGAUAUGGAAGGAAUAAUUAAGUGCCAUAUGGAGGAUGUUCCUCACUAUGACCCGGAAGCAGAGCUGGAGCCUCGGAGAGAAGCUGCAUCCUUCAACAGGCCAACUAAAGGCACAUCUGUGGAGAAGUUUAGAGAGAUGGUUCUGAGCCAUCUGAAGGCAAAGGUGGGAGAUCAGACCAAUGUGCAGGACUUGGCAGCACUUGUACUCGGAGCAGCUGAUGCCAACAGAGACGGGCAGAUCUCCCUCGCCGAGGCUCGCUCCGCCUGGGCCCUGCUCCAGCUGAACGAGUUUCUGCUAGCCGUCGUUCUGCAGGACCGGGAGCACACUCCAAGGCUGCUGGGCUUCUGUGGGGACCUGUAUGUGGUGGAGAAGGUGCCUUACGCACCCCUUUAUGGUGUCAGCCUCCCCUGGGCCAUAGAGCUCUGGAUCCCGGCAGGUCUGCGCAGGAGCCUGGACCAGUGGGCAGCGCCUUCGUGGCCACACAAGGCCAAGAUCGCAAUAGGCCUGCUGGAGCUCGUCGAGGACGUCUUCCACGGCACAUUUGGCAGCUUCCUCAUGUGCGACGUGAGGGCUGCCAGAUUCGGCUACACAGAACGCCACGACCUGAAGGUAGUGGACGCGCGGCGCAUCAUCCCCGAAGCUGCUUUCCAGGAAGUGAUGCGGGAGCGGCGGUGCGAGGUAGAUGGCGACUGCGUAUACGGAGCAGACUGCCACACUUCCUGCGACCUCACCAAGCACCGCUGUACCACCGAGGUGACGCGGCCCAACCUAGCCAAAGCGUGUGGCGCACUGAAGGACUAUCUCCUCUGGGGGGUGCCAUCAGAUGUGAAGGAAGAGCUGGAGAAACAGCUAUACGCCUGCAUUGCCCUCCGAGGGGCCACUGAACAGAUGGAGAUGGAGCACUCGCUCAUCCUCAACAACCUUAAGACACUUUUGUGGAAAAGGAUAUCCCACACAAAAGACUCCAAAUGAAGGCGAGGACUCUGCUAGAUCCCUUUUUUCCAAAAGGGUAUGAGGACAUGAAUCAAUAAACCAUGGUAUAAACCACAGAGGUGUAAAAAUGUUUUUAGAUGUUUAUCCAUCAGAUUAUCCUUUGAAUCUUUUCAUUCAGUCUAUGAAGAUCAGCAACACUGUCAAAACUCCUCCUGUCCCACUUGGUAGGCUACAGGCCCAAGCUAGAGAGGAAAACCAAAAAUAGUAGUGCUGCUGAAAAACCCUUUUACUACUGAGAGAUUAUCCUGCUGCCCCCACUUCAGGAAACUAUCAGACAAUCAAACUGUGACAACCCCAUUUCUUUGCUUUAAUAAGUGGGAAAAGUUUUUUUUUGUUUUUUUUUUAAAGAACCACAAUACUUGUUAAUUUCACUUAAUGCAGAUUCACGCAAAAGUAAAUUUGUUUGCGAGAAAGUAAAAGAGAGUAAGAAUAUUGCUUUAUAGACAUCUUCAUUGGGGAUACUUUAUGGCUACAUUUAGACAGGAUGAAAUAAUGCUAAAAUGAGAUUUUUUUCAAUCCAUAUUGGGGCAUGAUAUAGAUAUUUGCAUUUUAGACAAGAUAAAAGCAUGGCGUCAUUUGCUGGACAACAUUUGUAUCUACAUCUGUAUUAGAGGGUCAUUCUGACUUGAAUUGAAAGGAUAUGAGUCAUAUUGAAUAUGGGUAGAAAAAAGCUGAAAUGUCUAAACAGUCAUCUUUUAAGGUUAAGUGUUUCAUAUUAAAUUUAUAAAUGUUGCUGGUCUCCAAUAUAGUUUGUUUCAGAAAGCAGAUCGAGCAUGUUCCCAAACUAAAAUAUGCUGUUUAAAUGUUUGUGGAAGACUAGACUUACAUGUUUCUGGGAAACAGGCUGUUAGUAUUUUAAGUCAGGAUACAUUGCCAGGGAUAUUGCCCAAAACGUUAACAGAAUGACUGUGUAGUUUUGAAAAUGUGUUGUGUACAUGAAGAGGCAUGAUAUAUUUGUGCAUAAAAAUAAAGACUAAAUUAUAUAUUUAAAACAUUCUCAACUAGUCAGAAUGGAUUAGAAAUUUGUUUUCCUAAAUGC